UUCAAGACUUCAUUGUGCUAACUUCAUUGUGCUAGGCUAAAGCAGCUGCACUUCUAGCUCGAUAACUUCAGGAGACUUCGGAUAUUGACAUAGCACUCACUGCUAAACUAUGGCAGAAGACAAGAACAUUUUUCUAAGAGCGAAACACCGGAUGUAUGAGGGUUUAACGGAAGAUGAGGAGAAAGAGUGGAGUGGGCCAUUUUGCUUCAUCCAGGCGGCUGACCCGCAGCUGGGUCUGAUGAAGGCUUGGAGGUUGGGAGACUGUGAUAAAGGAGGAGAUGAAUGGGCAGAGGAGGUGCAGCUCACCAAGCAGGCUGUCGAGGCCAUCAACAAACUGCAGCCCCGGCCCCGCUUUGUUGUUCUCUGUGGGGAUUUGAUCCAUGCCAUGCCAGGUUGCCAAUUCAGAGAGGAGCAGGAGAGGGACCUGAAGGAUGCACUGCGGGCCACCGAUCCGGACAUUCCACUUGUGUUUGUCAGUGGGAACCAUGACCUGGGCAACACUCCCACUCCGGACACGGUGGAGCAGUAUUGCCGCGCCUGGGGUGAUGACUACUUCAGUUUCUGGGUGGGUGGAGUGCUGUGCCUGGUGUUGAACUCCCAACUGUUCUUUGACGCAUCAGGCUGCCCUCAGCUGGAGGAAGCUCAUGAGGCCUGGCUGGAGAAACAGCUACAGAAAGCAGCUGAGAGCUCAGCACGGCACGUCGUUAUCUUCCAGCACAUUCCACUCUACCUGAGAACUCCAGACGAGGAGGACGACUACUUCAAUCUGCAGAGAGCCAAGAGAGAGAAUCUGAUUCACAGAUUCUGCCAAGCAGGUGUGAAAGCUGUGUUCUCGGGUCACUACCAUCGCAAUGCGGGUGGGUGCCAUGCAGGACUGGACAUGGUGGUGAGCUCAGCUAUCGGCUGCCAGCUGGGCGAGGACAUGCAUGGGGUCCGGGUGGUGGUGGUGACCGCUGAUAAGAUCAUCCAUCGCUACCACACUCUGGACCAGCUGAGUGAGAAGGGCAUAGAUGAAGAUCUGAAGAAGCUCUUAUCUUAACUGAAAGUUGCAGGCAGACUUUUUGACCUUUGUGGUUCCUUUUUGGAUUAUAUUUGUUGGUUCUAGAUCAGUAGAAAAGAACAAAGUCUGCUUUCAACUGGCAACGCCUCUGAACAAAAGCAGCCAUUUUGUGUCAAUAUCCAGAAGGCAUCUGAAUAAUAAGCUUCUGCACACAGCAGGAGAAGGCAGUGAAAAAUCACUAUAUCUUAAGAUGUCGUCAGAAUGCUGUUUCCAUUCUGCAUUUCAAAUUCCUUAGUUGCUAUAAUGUUUUGGUCUUUCCUGUCAGAAAUAAGAGGUUUAGGGAUGUAAUUUCAAGCAUUAGCAAUAUAACUGUCUCUCUUUUCAUCUUCCAUACCUUAAUCAAACAUCUUGACAUUUGAAUCAGGCAAAUGUACUCGAGAAUCCCCUAUUCCUUUAAACCCACAUCACCAAAUCACACUAAUAAGCAAGUGCAUGUAGUGUUCAAGCUAGUCGUUUGGUGAUUUCAUCCUCUGUGUCCAAGCCCAUUACGCUCUCCCAACUCCAAGAGGUGAGAAGAGGCAAUCUCCAUGGCAACCAUUGAAAGACAUGACAGUUAAGACUGUAACUUACAGAGACUCAUUCAGUCAUCAGAAACCGUUGCUGAUUUCCAUCUCACACUUGUGGUUUUAUCUCUCAGGUUCACAAUCCACUUUGAUGAUUUGAUGCAGGGGAAAAAAAAAAAAUGCUGAAGUCUUUGUCGAGCCAGGGUGUGUGUACUCAUUUAGCUCCAUCUGCCUUUGUAAUAUACGAACCAACCCUGCCAGUUGUGAAGGGGAACAUCAUGAGAGAUCAAUGCUCUGCAUUGCCCUAGGCCAUCCUUUUUUGUAACGUUUUGUUUAAAAUACACAGUGUAUAGUAAUACCAAUCAUUAGCCCUAGAACCAAUGUUUAUGGAAGCACCUUUGGGGAUCCUCAUGUUGCCAGAUGUGUGCAUAAUCGCAGGAAUGUAAAUAAGAGCUAAAUGUCACAGAGAUUACAAUAAACGUUUUAUCUCAUAUUUAGACUGUUACAACAGUUCUUUCACCUUUUCACUGUGUUGACCUGAAUAAUCUCUGUAAAAAAGAUAUGUUUUAAACAAUGCAUUUUUCAUACUAGUAGUGAAACUGAGCCAAGAACAACAGUCCAUACUGGAAAAUAUUAUAUAUUAUUUUUUUAGAUUCUUUUUAGUAUGGAGUCAAAUGAAUAAUUUUUAAUUAUUAAGAAGUUAUUUGUUUUUCCUGUUAUGUUCAAUAUUUACAGAUGUGUAAUCAUAUUUUGAACUCAUUGUAUUGUGAUAUUUUUAUGUCACCGGACUUCUACAUUUGCAAUAAAUGUUUUGUGGACUCCAGACAGAAUGUGUUA